AUGGAGUUCGAGCUGCAAGCGACGCGAGGCGACAGCUUGCGAAAUGAUCCAAGCUACUCGUCGAGCGACGACGACUCGACGAACGAGACAACAGACAAUGGGGGCUCGGGAAACCUUUCGCGGAUCGAGGGAGGACAGCGCGCGGGCGCUGGCAGCGGAGACGGCCCUGGCGCGCGGGAUCGAGAGUGCAAGGGAGGGCGGAUUCCGCGGGGGAGCCAAGGCUCUCAGUCCCCGCAAGCCGCCGUUACCGCAGCCGGCGCUGAAAGCGUCUCACGUUCCGCGAACGUCGCCGCGCCGCCGCUGCCCCGCCUGGACGCGAUGGGCAGCGCGGCGAACCGGCACGUGCGCGUGGUGGAGGACGCGGCGCUGUGGUACGCGUGCGCAGGGCCGCUGGUGACGGUGCCGGCCGUGGGGUCGCUGGUGGUGUACUUCCCGCAGGGCCACGUGGAGCAACAGCAGCGCCUCGCGCAGCGCGACCCACCGCAGUCGACCGAAUCGGAGUCGCCGCCCCGCUCGCCGCCGUCGGGGCUGUCGUCGCCGAUCGCCAUCUCCACGUCAGAAUCGCAGUCGCAGUCGCACAACAGCGGCGACGACUCGCCAAGCCCGUCGCACGGCGGCAACAGCGGGUUGAGCCAAUCGCCCAGCCAAUCAGACUCGAGCGGAUGCACUCUCCCCAGAGGCUGCGCGUCCGCUUCCCCCCCUUCCGCCGGCCAAUGCGCGCAAAGCAGCGGCAGUCCUGGCGGGCGUGGCGGAAGCGGCGGAGGAAGCGGCACGCGCGGAGCGGACAGUGGGAGCGCAGCGGAGAGCGCGCAGGCGAAGAGGCGACAGCAGCUGCCGCCCAGCCACAUUUUCUGCCGCCUGACGGCCGUCGCGCUUCAGGCGGACGAGCGCACGCACGAGCUGAUGGUGCGCUUCGACCUGCAGCCCGUAGACGAGGCGGAAGCAGUGAGGGUGCAAGCAGCGGCCAGCCAGGAGGCGCGCAGGGCAGGCGCGGGGGGGAGGAGACGGGGGCGCAAUGGGGAGAAGGCGGACGCGCAAGAGGAGCGGAGCGAGGAGGGCGGCAUGGACGCAGACGGCGGGCGCACGCAGGCAGCGCGGUCGGGGGGCCUGCAGGCGCAGGCGGGUGUGCAGGCGGGGGUGCACACGCACAUGGGCGCGCAUGCGCGGCUGCACAUGUGCUGCAAGCGCCUCUCCACCAGCGACGCCGCGCCACACGGCGGCUUCUUCAUCCCGCGCAAGGCCGCCGAGUCGCUCUUCCCCGCCCUCGACGCCAAUGAGGAGGGGCCAUGUCAGCAGCUGGUGGCGUCAGACGUGUUCGGGCGCGAGUGGAACUUCCGCCACGUGUACCGCGGGUCGCCACGCCGCCACCUUCUCACUGCCGGGUGGAGCGCCCUCUGCGCCUCGUGGGGGCUUGCCGCCUCUGACCGCAUCAUCUUCCUCAGGGCGGGCAACGGGGCGCUGAAGGUGGGCGCGAGGCGCAGCGAGGCCGUGCUGGCAGCGCAGCACAGGCGGCAGAGGGAGCGGGAGAGAGGGCGCGGGGCAAGCGAUGGUGCAAGCAGUGCGGGCGCAGCGAAGGAUUCAAGCAACACGGGUGCGCAUGCGAUAGCAGCAGCUGCUACAAGCCGGGGUGGUGGCGGUUCAGCGGCGACAGCAGCAGUGGCAAGCGUGACAGCGAGUCAGGUGUUGGAGUGGGCGGCGCACUGCCAUGGCGUCAAGAGGGCCUUCUCCGUCGUCUACCACCCCUGGUAUCCCCCCCUCCUCUCCUCACUCCUCCCAACUCCCGCCCUCUUCCCCUCACCUUGCUCCCCCUCCUCUGCUUGCCUUGACUCUCUUGCUUCUCUCCCUUGCCCACCCCUUCCCGUCUCCUCUACCCGCCCCUACUCUCCUCGACCUCCUCGUUUUGUCCGGAUUUCGCUCCGCCUCACCGCAGCCAGCGAGGUGCGCAUGGCGUUCGAGACCGACGAGCUGUCCACGCACCGCCUGCGCGGCACAGUAACAGCCGUGCACAGGGCGGCGAGCGGCGUGUGGCCCACGUCCCAAUGGCGCUCAGUGCGCGUGCGCUGGUUUGACUGCGACCCCUCGCUGCCCCGCCCCCCCCUCGUCUCCCCCUGGCACCUCGACGACUCGUUGCCCUCCGCCCCCCGCGCCUCCCCCUGCUCCUCCUCGCUCUCCGCGCCCAUGUCCCUCUCCCUCUCCACCACAUCCUCCCUCACUGCCUCCGCUCCCUUCCCCUCCUCCUCCUCCUCCCCCUCCCCCCGCCCCCUUGUCUCCCCGCGCCCGCCCUCCUCCCCCCGUGACCCCCGACCCGCCCGCUCCAGCCUCAGGGAUUCCGCGUUCCCCCCUCUCUCCGCCUCUCCGCCCCUCCACACUUCCCCGUCCGCGCUCAUGCCGCCUCCCCCCUCCCCCACCACGCCCAGAAGCGCCUCCUCCGCCCCACACCUCCCCUCCGCGCCCACCCCCCCCACGCCUCUGCGCCUGCCCCCCUCCGCAUCCCCCUGCCCGUCCCCCGGCGGGGGGAGGCGCAUCAGCCUGGCGGAAUGGCGCCAGUGGCGCGCGCUCGUGAGGCAGUCCCCCGCCGACCACCCUCUCCCCCUGCCCCUGCACCUUCCUGCCAGCGGGGCGGGCAGGGGCGGGGAGAGUGGGCGCGAGGCAACAAGGCAGACGGGCGCGGAUGGCGGGGAGGGAGGGCGGGAGGAAGAAUGGGAGGCGGAGGAUUUGGAAUGUGGAGGGCGGCAGCGAGGGGGUGGGGGCGAGCGACCAGUGUCGGCACUGCCCGCCACAUCAGCAGAGGUGGCGGCAGGAGCAGGUGCGGCAUCAGAGGAAUCUGCAACAUACCCCUUCCCAACCCCCCUCCGCCCCCUCCCCACCGCCCCCUCCCACGCCGCCCCCCCUUACGGCGACCCUCGGCCUGCCAGGCUGUCUCUCGCCUCACUGCUUCCACUCACUGACUGCCACGUGGCAGCUGACUCAGCAGAGGAGCGGCCAGGGAAGAAGCCGAGGAGUGCCGACCGUUGUGCGAGCUGGCAGAGCGGUGAUUUGGAAGGGCGUGAGGAAGAGGGCGACGAGGCGUGUGAGGAGCAGGAGAUGCGAGAUGAGGAGUGUGGGAAGGGCGGCGAGGAGGGGGACAUGGUGGAGGCGCAGGGAAGAGAGGAAGAGGAGAGAAGGGAGGGAGAAAUGGGAGGGGACGGAGAGGAGGGAAGGGAGAAGAGAAAGGAGGGAGAGAAGGCAGAGCAGGGAGCAGAGGAGGGCGUGACGGGCAGGCACAGCCACUCAUCCUGCCAUGCUGCUGCUGCUGCUGCUGGGCAGUCUCGGCGCAUCAAACUGAGGGUGGAGGGAAGCCCGGUGAUGCGCACGGUGGAUCUCAGUGGCAUCGGCAGCUUCCAAUCGCUGUACGCCACGUGUGCAGCCAUGCUACAGCUGCCUCUGCAGCAGCCAGGGGAGCCCUCAGCGGGUGCCACGUGUCCCUGGCAGCUCACCUACACCGACACCGACGGCGACACGCUCCUCGUUGGCGACGGGCCGUGGAGUGAGUUUGUGAGGGACGCACGGAAGCUGAGUGUCAUAAGGACGCCCAAGCUUCAACAAUGGGGGGAGAGUUGCUGA